AAAAUACAGAAUAGUUUUUCGUUUGUCUGCGUUCGCGACGCGGGGCCAAGGCGAAUGGCAAGCCAAGCGCUGAGAGCCGAAGAAGAAGCAUCCAAAACCCAAACAAGCGUUUAUUUAAUGCAUUGCCCGAAACGAAGAAUACUUUAAGAGUGUUGCAAACAUGUGCCGCUGAGCAGUAGAAAUGGAAUCAAUAGUUUUACACUCGGAUGUAGCUCGUCUGGUAUUGGGUUAUCUGGUGAAUCAGGAUCUGAAAAGAGCCGCUCACACCCUGUGCCGCACAUCGCCGCAUUUACGUCACGAAUUCGUUGCCCUCAAGCAGGGCCUGCAGCCGCACAACUUUCUCAAUGGCGGCCUGGAGGACAUCAUCUGCGAGCAUGUCAAGAUCACUGGAUUGGUGGCACACGCGGUGCAGAAGCUGCCACUGAAGCUGCGCCAGCAGUUGCAGCAGCUCAAGCUCUCCGAGCGUGUCAUUCAGCUGAUGGGCAUGGAUCGCAGCAAGUCAGCAGCAGGAGCAGCAGCAGACAGCACACCCAGCCAUGCCAACAGUCAAGCGCAACGCAAGCGGCGACGAAUACGAACACAAUCGCCUGCACCUUCGUCACCAUCGCCCACAUUAGGCAAGCGUCCACGCCUGCUGCCGCCCUAUAUUUCUUGCAGCCACAACCGCGACAACUCGCACAUGAGCAGCUUUCUGGCGUGCCAAGGAGACGACGACGAUGAAGAGCAGGAGGAGGAGAAUGAAGAGCAGGAGGAGCUGGAGGGUGAUAGCAGCACAGCAAGCGAGGAUAUGGAAGAGCAACGAAUGCCGCUAGAGCCGUGCAACAAUUCCACGCCACGUCAAAAGAAGGACGAACCGGAGCUGGAGCCCGAACCCGAUCCUCAGCUACAGCUAAUGCUGGCGCCACAAUCAAUGCCCGAGCUGACAACGGCCAUUAUCAAUAAUCCCGAUUUCCGUGAGACUCUGGUGAACAACAUCAAUGUGGCACUGCAAACGGUGACGGUGCACAAUCCCAUAGUUAGCUGUGACGCCAUACUGGAUGGCCUGGUGCGGAAUAUACUGGAGGCAACCGAGAAGGAUCCCUCAUUCGAUCGCAUCAUCCAAGAGGUUGUGGCUGCCGAUCAGCCACAAGCAGCUCAAGGCACAGAGAAGGCAGCACCAAUCGAGCCAGUGGCAGAGGCAGAGUCAGCGGCAGAGAUUCAGCAAGAACCACCACAAACGCCGCUCAUAAUACGCACCGCAGUGGCGGCCAAUGCCAGUGACGAUCCAAACUUCUCCAUCUCCAAGCUGAUUGUUUUCAACUCCAAUGAGAGUGUCCAAAAGAUGGUUGCCUCCUCCAAUGUGAGCUUUGCCAGUGAGAAUCUAAAUCUAAACUUUGAUCCGGCUGUCAUGCUGACCGAGGCAGAGGCAGAGGCUGCCGCUGCGGGUCAAGUGUGCGUGGAUGCCACAACCGGACAGCUGACCUUUCCCAUGUUCUACUCGAACGGUGGCAUGCUGUCGCAUUUGCCAUUUCUGGUGAACAACGAGUGGGUGGCCCAGCAUCUGGGUCCCGAUGCGUUUGCCAAUGCUGAGGAUUCGCACAUAGAAAUAUCCCUGCCAGAGCCAAUCACAUUUACGGCUGAUCAGCUGCCGCCGAAUGCGAUAAUCAUCAACAGUGCCCAAAAGCAGCCGCCCAGUCAGCUAAUCGACGAAGCAGCCACGAGUGGGAGUGGGAGUGGGAGUGCAGUGCUGCUGCCCGAUAUAGAGGAGCAGCCAGAAGCAACUGCAGCUGCAGCACCUGCCGCAGUGGAAGAGGAUCCCAAGCAGGAGCCUCUGGCCAUACCACCCGCUUCGUUGGACUCCUCCCGCAUGGUCAUUGAACGGGCCACACCCUCCACAUCGGGCAUCAUCAAUGUGAAGGCCUAUCGCAGUCUGUCGACACCACGCAAGCGCACCUCACACGUUCGCACGCUGACAUUCUCGCCCAAGGUGCAGCCACAGAACUCCGCCAACACACCGCUGUCCACGCGCCGACUUGGCAGGGCCAAUGAGAAGCCCGUCAUAAAUAAUGUGGAAAUAAUACCAGCGGGUUCCGCACUGGCGCCCGCUUCCAUAUCCGAUUUAAGUGCCAAUGACACGGUGGGACAUGGCGUGCCGCCGCUAUUCGCGAUGGAAGAGUGCAGCAAUCAGACGGUUAUCAAGGCCUCGUCGGCAAAGAAAAUCAAACCAAAGGCAGGAGCAGGAGCAGCAGUCGAAGCACCAGUCAUGGCCGCUGUAACGCCGAAGCGUAAACAGAAGCGACAAGCGGCGGUGAAUGCCUGCAAGAGGAUAAUUGCCCAGGCACCCGCACUGGAGACUGAAUCAACGGCAAACGAAUCGGAAAUCCAUGUGGAAGAUGCAGCAACGGCAGCCAGGUGCCAGCAGGAUGGAAAUGAUAGCGCCGAGGCCAGCAAGGAGAAUCAACAGAAUCAGUCGACAGAGGAGGCCGGUGCUGAAGAGUCGCAGGAUCUGCUGGCUGCCUGGAAUCGCCAGAUGAUUGGCUCAAGCAGCGAACUGGAGAAUCGUUUGCGUGAAAUCAAUGCCAAGCAGCAGGAUGAGGCGCCAGCGACCAGUGUCAAGCCCGCACGCAAUCGCCGCAGAGCGACGCCCACCACCCGAAAGAAAAAGCCAGAAACGCAGCCCAAGGGCAAGUCCAGCAAAGCCAAGAAGCAGCAGCAACCAGAAGGGGUCGGUGGCGUUAGCAUUAAGUUGCCAACGCCCCAAAAGCCAAAGCCAAAAACUAAGAAAAACAAGAAGGAAGAGACAGAAGUAGCAGCAGAGAAAGAUCCAGAUCCGCCUGCAGCAGCAGAAGUUCCUUUUAUGCUUAACCCAGAGGCCGAUGAUAUAGAUGCCAAUAUGGCCAUGCUGCUGGAUACGCCAUUUAAGCAGCCGCCCUUGGGUUCGAUGGGCAGCAUGGCUAACAUUCAUGGUGGACCGUUGGGUGUGCCGCCAACGCCUGGGGGCAUGGCCAUCCUACCGCUGGACACGCCCUAUAGCAAGCUGCCGACCAGCUCGUUUCUGUUUGGUUCGGAAACAAAGAGCAUUAUGGAUACGCCACAGCUGAGCGCCAUAACGCCGGGUUUCCGCCUGACACCAUUUGGCCAUGGUGCGGGCACACCGCUGGGCAGUGCCGCCAAAACGGAUUACUCAUCGGGCAGCAGCUAUUACCGGCCGGAUGAGGCUGAGCAUACGGAUGCGAAUGCGCAGUGCGCGAUCCAUCAGCGCGAGGAUUGGGAGGAAACAAAGCAGCAAGCAGAAGCAGAAGCAGUAGCCGAAGCCGAAGCAGUAGCAGCUGCAGCAGCAUUCAAGGAUGUCGUGCAGGAAGUGCUUGAUCCGAAUGAUGUUGCUGUGAACAGCUUCGUGGAGCUGUGCGGCAUCGAGCCCACUGUGCUGCGACGUGUGCGAUCCUUUGGCAGCGAUGUCGUGGAUAGCAUUGAGGCGGCCACCGCGAUAUCCCUGGCAAUGGAGACAGCCCCACCGCCGCCGCAUUAUAAACUGAUGCCUGGACUGCCGGAAUCCGUGCUGGAGGAGGCAUGCAGCAGCUCCAGUUCCUCCAGCUCCUCGUCUUCGUCUAGCUCCAGUUCAAGUUCCUCCAGCAGCGCGACAUCCACCUCCUCCUCCGCAUCAGCCGCAACAUCCGCAUCGCAGGGUAGCCAGCAGCGGGCAAGAAAUGGAGUUGCGGCAGACAGCCAGCAGGCGGCAGUGCGACUCAGUCUGGAUAAUUUGUCGAACAUCAGCAGCACCGAGGAUGAGGAGUGGCUGAAGGCGGCGACGAUGAAUGCCCCACCAACGCUGGCCAUCGACAGUCAGCCGGGACAACUGGUGAGCCAGGAUGGGGAGGUGCGUUAUCCCAUACGGAAUUGGCUAACGCCCAGCAAGGCAGUCCCACCAGCGCCAGUGGCAGUCAGUCCAACGCUGAUGAAUGCGCCACUGGGUGCCAUCAAGCUGACACUGCCGCCGCGCUCCGCAGAGAAGUUAACCCAGCGCUUGCAGCUGCAACAGCAGCAGCAACAACAGCAGUCGAAGCGGGAGCUGGAGCUGUCGCUGGAGCAGCCUUCUUCGUCUUCGUCGAAGAUGAGCGAUCAAAUGCAGCAGCUGCUGCUCGAGAAGCGGGAGCGUGUUGUGGCCAAGGUGAAGCAGCAGCAGCCGGCAGGCAAGUUAGCGCUAAAGAGAACAAAAACCAAGAAGCUAACGGCCAUGCGAGAGACGGCCCAGCAGGCCAAUCCGCCUGUACAGAAUAAACCCAAAAAUAUGACAACAAAGAAGAAGGCAACGGCAACGGUAACAGCAGCAGCAGCAGCUCCUGCAGCACACGAUCUCCCAACAUCAACAGCCACACCACAACCCAAAUCGAUGCCUGAACGUAAUUUGGAUCCCCUGCUGUACGCACUGAAUCUCUCAGCGAAGAAGCAGGAGCCCUGGUCCUGCUCUUUCUCGGGUGCAGCAGCAGCAGCAGGUGGCGGCGGCGGCGGCGGCCCGAAGAUGCAAAAAAUAAAGGUGAAUGUGUCACGUAAAGUGCUCCAGAUAGCCGCACAGCCUGCGCCACAGAAACGUGGACGUCCCAAGAAGCCACAAAGAGCAGACCAAGCCAAGAUCACAACGCGACGUUCCUCACGUUUGAUAGACAAUAAAACACCCGCACCGGACGAUGUUGAGGCAAAUGUCGAGCAAACGAAGACGAAAAAAACAAAUGGCAAGCCGGGCAGCAAGAAGAAACAAUUAAUGGGAGCCAAAAAGCAGCCAGAGGGUAGAGCUGCGGCAAUUCCCACGCUGCCUAUGGUGGCCGAGGCACAGACAACACAGCCAUCGCCGGAGUUGCAGCAGCAGGAGAUGCAGCUGGAGUUGGUCGCAGCCGAACAGGCGAACGAGGAGGAGGAGGAGCUCGACUACGAGCUGGAUCUGUGCCUGAGCAAAAGCCGCGAGAAGCACACCUACAGCUUUGUCUACGCGGAUGCGGGACCCAAGCGCAAAAGUCCAAAGUUGAGGCGUCGCUCGAAUAGUUACUUCAAGAACUAUCACAUGCGCGUCAUGAUGGAGGACAAUCAAGUACACACCCUGAGCAUGGCCAGUCCCAAGAUGUUUGCCAUAAGCAGCCAAGCGGCAGCGAUUAGUUCGAUUCUGAAUAUACCCAAGAAGCGAAUACGCCGUCUGACCAGCAGCAAUGGUACAGCCACAGCAACAGCAGCCACAAUCAUAGCCAAGCCCAUGGCGACAUCCACACCGGUGACGGAUAAGCAACUGUCACGCAGUGACACCAUGCAGCAACAGGAUGAGAAUGAUCUAGAAGUGGCAGCCAUCACCACAAGUGGCCACAAUAGACUCUGCACAGAGCAGCAGCAGGAAAGUCAAGUAAACGAUGCCAUGGAAAUUGAAGAUAUCGAGUCGAUACUCUCACAUUUGCAUGGCACUUGACUUGGUUUGCGUGUGUCCAGGUUGGCGGGGUGACAGCGUAGCUCCAUCCCUUUCUAGCGCUUGUCUCGCUGUGCAUGGUGAAUAAGUUAUUGAUCCUCUCCACAGCGCACAAUGUCAACGUCUAAGCGAAUUCACCUUGAAGAAGAAGUGAAUUGGAUUGGAAGAGAAGAUUUUAGUUUGUUUCACCCUCAUCUUUUUGCUUAAGUUUUUUGUAUUUAAUUGAUCCAAGCAAUAUGUGGACUUUGCAUAUAAAUAUCGUACUACUAUUACUACCAUUAUUAUUCAACCUAUAGACCUAACUAGAGUGUAAGCAUUGACGACGCGUUGAGACCGUCGUUUGAAGUCGAAUUGAAGUGUUUUUGUAUAGUAUUUAUUUAUCGUUUGUAAGGUCUGAGGAAUGCACGGACGGGACGGUAUAUUAAUUCACAAAAUGUUCACCCAUGAAUAGCAAAAUAUUUCAUUUACGAUAUAUGUGUAUACAUAUGUAUUAUAUCUAUUACAUGUACCUAUAGAAAGUUGAUUUAAUUUGUAAGCACAAAGAACAAUUUAAACGUGAAGAGUUUUGUUUUUUUUUUUUUUUUUUGGUUUUUAUGAAUAUUAAGCCACACUCCUUCAUCAUUCGAUGCCACAGGCAGUUGUGUCGAAAAAUACUCAUACAAAAUAUUCAAAGUCCUUGUGCAUUGAAAACAAAUUAAAAAAUGGGAAUUAAUAUGGAAACGAACUCUAGCAAGAUUAGCUCAACCAGCUGGGGAAUAACUUUUAAAUUUAUUUAAAAAACAAAUUCGUUUCAAUUUGCAAUUUUAAAAUUACUUUUGACUUUAGACGGGACAUCUACUUCAAUAAUAAAUAUUGUUUGUAGGUUUUUUUGUUGUGUCUAUCCAUGAGACUGU